AUGGCGCGCUCAAGUGCUUCCAAGCUCGCACGUGUUGCCCACCGCGGCCUGCAGAGCACGCGCAUUGCGCGCACCAGCCUUGCGGCUUCGCCCGUUGCGGUCCAGUAUGCACCCUCGGCCGCUCCCGCAUCCGUCUUCACAGCUCGCCGUUCCGUAUCAACUACUCCCCACCACUUCCAGAGCAUUACCCCAGAUGCCAAGGCGCCCAAGAAUGCCGAGGCCACGCCCGUGACCAAGACGCCAGCAGAUAUCAGCGAUGGAGAGUACCACAGUGUGGCGGAUGAGUACCUCGACAAAUUGCUCUUGCGGCUGGAGCAGCUGCAGGAUGAGCAGGAGGAGGUUGAUGUUGAGUUCUCCGCCGGCGUCCUCACACUCAACCUCGGCCCCGAGAUCGGCACCUACGUGAUCAACAAGCAACCGCCUAACAAGCAAAUCUGGCUGUCAUCGCCCAAGACAGGCCCCAAGCGCUACGACUACGUCGUCUUCGGUGAGGGCCAGCACGAAAAACAGGACACGGCUCGGGGCGACUGGGUGUAUUUGCGGGACGGGUCGACACUAGGCGACCUGCUAAAGGCUGAGUUGGGCAUCGACUCCGGCCUGGCGGAUACCGAUAUCGGGAGCUAG